AUGGCCCAAUACUCAAUCCCCACCUUACUCCUAAUUAUUCUCAUCUUGUGUUUCCUUCGCGUUUCUGAUUCUGUUUCGGUUUCCGAGGCUGUAUUUCGUCCUCAUCACCAUUUUCGUUCUCAUUCUCAUUCUCAUCGAGGUGAAAACAAGAAGAUCUUUAACGUUUUGCAGUUUGGUGCCAAAUCUGGUGGCAUAGAAGAUUCCACACAGGCGUUUGAGGAUGCAUGGCAAGCAGCGUGUCGAGGGCCAAAAGCUAACGGAAAAACAAAAGUGAUUGUGCCGCAUGGGAAGAUUUUUAAGGUAAGUUCGUCUCUAUUUGCGGGGCCAUGCAAGGCGAGCUCAAUCGUUUUUGAAAUACAAGGAAAUAUAAGAGCCGACACCGAUCUCUCAAAUUACCCAUAUCAAAGAUGGUUGUCUUUCGAGUCCGUCACUAGCCUAACCCUCACCGGUAAUGGAACCAUCGAUGGUCAAGGAAAUAACAUGUGGCAAUAUAAUGACUGCAAAACAAACCCUCAUUGUAUCCAUCUCCCAUCUGCUUUAUACUUCAACAACGUGAAUAGUUCCUUAGUACGUGGGAUCCAUUUGGUUAAUGCCAUGGGAUUUCACAUGCACAUAACUAAUAGUAAUGCGAUUAGGGUUAAAGGGGUUCAAAUUACCUCCCCGGGUUCGAGCCCAAACACUGACGGCAUACACAUAAGCAAAACCCAUAGUGUUCAAAUUUCCGCAACCACCAUCAGCACCGGCGACGAUUGUAUUUCCAUCGGUCAGGGUUCAACUCAUGUUUCCAUAACUAAGGUGGUUUGUGGCCCUGGACAUGGUAUUAGUGUGGGUAGCCUAGGGAAGGUACCCCAAGAGCAAGAUGUAAGAGGUUUGAUUGUGAGUAACUGUACAUUGAUGGGAACCACGAACGGGCUCAGAAUAAAGACGUGGCCCAAGUCUGAUCCAAGCAAGGCCACCGGCAUAAUUUUCAGGGACAUUAUAAUGUUGGAUGUAAAAAAUCCCAUCAUCAUCGACCAAAGCUACGGUGAUCGUGAUGAUCGCAUUUCCAACCCAUCUAGAGUGCAAAUAAGUGACAUCGUUUACCAAAACAUUCGUGGGACGUCGGUGUCGGCUGUGGCGGUGAACCUUAUGUGUAGUAAGCUUGUUCCGUGUGACAAUGUGCGGAUGACAAACAUUCGGUUGGUGUCUGUUAGCGACAAUGUGGGGCUCAUGUCGGCUUGCACAAACGCUAGAGUGGGCUAUAUGGGGAUGCAGAUACCACCGCCUUGUCUAAUGUAG